AUGAAAACCAUAAACCCGCCCAAAACCCCUUUGAUCAGCAGCCAUACUCUUUUGUUCCCGGUAUGUUUUCCGCUUCGAUCUUUUCCUUCCAACCGAAAUCCGCUCAAAAUUAUGUCGCCGAAGAGUGAACACAACCCCCUCGAUAAAUUAUCUCUACUCGAUUGCAGCCGCAAAGAGGAUGUUCUUGGUGCGAUUAAGGGUGGCUUGUCAAAUUGCCUCUUUGAGACGAAUCUUCAUUUGACGGUUCCAGGUCUCAAGUCGAAAACCAGAGGGAAGGUGAGGGAUGUAUACGAUGGUGGAAAGUACCUUGUUCUGGUAACCACUGAUAGGCAUAGCGCUUUCGAUAGAGUUCUUGCUUCCCUUCCUUUCAAAGGACAAAUUCUGAAUGAGACGAGCCUGUGGUGGUUUGAUAGAACUAUACACAUUACACCAAAUGCUUUUGUGUUUGUUGUUGAUAAGAAUGUUAUGAUUGCCAAAAAAUGCUCGCUCUUCUCUGUUGAAUUUGUUGUGAGAGGAUAUGUGACAGGAAGUACUGAUACAUCGUUGUGGACGAUAUAUAAUAAAGGCGUUCGAAAUUAUUGUGGCAAUGCUCUUCCAGAUGGCUUGGUGAAAAACCAAAAGCUACAGAAAAACAUAAUCACUCCAACUACCAAGCCUGAGGAUGAUGAUGUCCACGUAACUACACGAGAGAUAAUCAAACUUGGACUGAUGACUGAAGCUGAGUAUGAUGAAGCCAGUACAAAAGCAUUGAGCUUAUUUCAGCUUGGACAGCAUGUGUCUUUGGAACAUGGCUUAAUAUUGGUGGACACAAAGUAUGAAUUUGGAAAACGCUCGGAUGGUUCCAUUCUAUUAGUUGAUGGAGCCCUUCUAGUGUGCUCUAUAGCACCCAUGCUAUAA